CGGAGGCGGAAGCGCGGCGUGGCCACGAGUGCGGGCCAUGGCGGGCGGGCUGGAGCCGCACCUGGCGGCGCUGCGGCGGGAGCUGGGCGGCCCCGCCGUGCUCUCCGUGCUCGUCGCGCUCAUCGCCGUCGCCAUCACCUUCCUGCUCUGGCGGUUCGUGCAGGGCAGGAAGAGCAGCCGCAAGGCCGUGCUGCUGCUGGGCCUCUGCGACGCGGGGAAGACGCUGCUUUUCGCGAGGCUGCUGUCGGGGCGCUACCGGGACACCCAGACCUCCAUCACCGACAGCUCUGCAGUCUACAGGCUCAGCCAGGACAAGAGCACCAAUGUGACCUUGAUUGACCUUCCAGGCCAUGAGAGUCUGAGGCUGCAGUUCCUGGAGAGGUUCAAGGCUGCAGCCAGAGCCAUCGUGUUUGUGGUGGACAGCGUGGCCUUCCAGCGGGAGGUGAAGGACGUGGCAGAGUUCCUGUACCAGGUGCUGGUGGACAGCACCGUGCUCAGGAACGCGCCCGCGCUGCUCAUCGCCUGCAACAAGCAAGAUGUCACAAUGGCAAAAUCAGCAAAACUCAUCCAGCAACAGCUGGAGAAAGAGCUCAAUACCCUGCGGGUGACACGCUCUGCAGCCCCCACCAGCCUGGAUGGCUCAGCCACAGGGGGCCCUGCCCAGCUGGGGAAGAAGGGCAAGGACUUUGACUUCUCCCAGCUGCCCAUGAAGGUGGAGUUUGUGGAGUGCAGUGCUCGAGGCAGCAAGGGAGAGGAGGGAGAGGCUGACUUGGAGGCCCUCCAGAAGUGGCUGGUGAAGGUGGCCUGAACACAGAUGGACAGGGAUGGGGGGCUGAAGGGGAAAAGAUGGUGUGGAGCACUCAGAUCUCACCUUGAUGUAAAAAGAAGGAACUUCAGCUGGAAGUCAGCACUGUGGUGUCUUCUUCUGCUGCUCCUGGGCUUGGGAGAGACCUGACAAUUGCUGGUGUGAUUCCCUCUGGCUGUCCCUUCAUGCUGCAAUGUUUUUAUCCUCUCCCCUCUUCCCUUGCCCUCCUCUGGGCUGCUGAACUUCUGGGCUUUUCUAUUCCUUAAUCUUUAAGCUUUUUUUUGUAGUUGCCAAGCAAAUCAGGAAGGAGUGCAGUGGCAGGUGAGUAUUAGAGACUGGAGUGAGCCUUUUGUUUCCUGCCAUGCUUUAGGCCCCUGUUGCUUCUCAGAGCCCUGACCACCUUAUGGCUGGGGCUGCUGGGGAGCACUGCACAAGCUCCCUAAGUUGGGCAGGCAUUGAGAGAGUACAAAAAGCUGUUUUCCUCUUUGUGUCUGCCUUCCCAUUGUUCCAAACUGGUGCAGCCCCAUUUCUGUGGGGCAGGAGGAGUGUGAAAUGCCCAAACCAACCCUGCUUUACUCCCUGGGUGCCCAUGUCUGCUGAUUUCCUCUCUUGAUCAGCUCCUGGGAGUUUUUCUUUAGUUGAGGGCUGUUCUGAAAGCUUCACUCUGCUUCUCCUCCCACAGGCAGGAACAAAGAGUGGCAGAGCUACAGGGGGUCAUGGCAUGAAACUGUGAGAUGGGCACACUUUCAGACCUGUACCUGCAGCUGGGACCUGCCAGGCAUUUGCUGUGCAGUGGCUGCAGGAAGGGCUUGCUUUGUGUGUAAUUAAUUAGUCAGCACUUAUGGCACAGUGAGAGAGAGGGAAAGCCAGGGAGCUGCCAGCACCGUGGGUGUGCUUCCUCCUUGUGGCAGAGAUGCUCAAGGAAGAGGGGAAAGAAAUGGGAGAUUUUCCCAGUUUGUGUCUCACUGCACAUUGCAGACUUCUAGUGCAGUAUCAUUUUUCCUUUGUGGCUUCCCCUGUUUUUUUAGGAUUUGGGGGUGACUGGCUCCUGGCAGACCCUUUUUGUAGCCCUCUCUCCCCUGUGGUUUGAUGCCUCCUUCAUCCCUCAAUUUAUCUGUUGUGUUCUUUUCCUUCUCUGGGGCUUUCCCUGCCUCCCUGCAGCAUUGCCAGGUGUUGGGAAGAGCAGGAACAGCCUUGAGCAAAGGCCUGUGCCUGUAAUGAAGCUGGUCCUUGCAUUUCCAGCCUCGGGAGCCAUCCAUGCAGGGGAGGGUAAUAUUUACCAAACAUGUUACAUUCUUCUCUUUCCUGCAGGCAGAGUCCUGUUGGAACCUGUUUGUCAUGCUUUGAACUCCUUUAGCUGGAGGUCUUGGGCUGCCUGCUUCAAAUCCAUAAUGCUGAAAUGAUUUUGGGCAAAAAAUUGCUGUUUCUUGAUGUGAUUGUUCUUGCAGAGACACAGAAAGGAGGUACCAUGAGGCCAUAGUGGGUUUUAAGUUAUUAUUUUAAAAAAUAUUCCUUAAGUAAAUUCUUUUAUGCUUAAA